AUGUCUGACGAUAGUUUUGAUGAUGACGAUCACUUGCUUAUGGAACUCGUGAGAGCCACUCAAAAGCCUCAAGAUGACGUUCCAACAACGAAUGGCUCGAGCAAGAGCGAUUUGAAUGAUCAUACUGCCCAUAAUCAACCUCAGUCUGAUUUGGAGCAACGCAUUUUUAGGGCUGACGGUGAGAUUGCCAUCUUGAGAGCCCAGCUACGAGCGCUUCAAGAUCAAAAGUCAGGCGAGUUAACGCGUCUACAAAACGAACUUCUUUCAUCAAAGGCGCUGAGUGAGUCUCAAAUAAAUGCUCUUAAGCAGUCAGUUCAGAGGCUUGAAGAUGAGAAGAAGUUCCUUGGAAACGAAGUGAGGGCACUCUCAGCUUCUAAGCGAAGAAAAGUUGAGCCCUCGUAUGAGGAGAUGAAUAAAGCGAAAGAGGUAGCACUGAAAUCCCCGGAAGUUUUCGUCAACGAAAAAAUUCAUCCUGAAGCUCUUGCUGCUCAAAGUGGAUACAACAUCUACAUACAAGACGAUUGGUCUCAGUUCUGUGGGCACAUCUGGUCUUCAACAAUUUUGGGGAGUCCUAGAACGAAUCUGGAUUUUUUAAACAAAAUUUGUCUUGACUCACCCAUUGCUAUAAGUGAGCAUCUUAUGAUUCCUUCUAAGGCUUCCAUAAUGUCACAUCUUUGGACGUUCAUUCUUCGCCUCAAAAAUACCAGGUUGGAUAGUUUGGUAUUCACAUUCUGUGAUCAUUUACUACGGCUUUGCCAGGAACUUCUCCAGCUUUCGAACUCAGCUCUUGCUGUCCCUUUUCUUCUUCUGAUGGUGAACACAGCCAUAACUUUUAAAACCACAGCUGUCAAUGAAGAGCUCAUUAAACUCUUGACCUCGAAGCUUGCUCACCUACUGAGUUAUUUUCUGCGCCUUUUGGACUGGACUUUCGAGGCUGGAGAUCCACUUUUAGAGAGUCACACUAGAACAUAUCAACAGGAAGUUCUCGAGAAGUUCACUCUUCUAUUAAUCUUUGAUGUCAUGGAAAAUGCAACAAUGCUAGCUACACAACACGGAGUCAAGUUCGUAAAAUCCCUUUGGAAUUCAGAUAUGAUGGACGUUUCCCUUAUUUUCAAGCUUCUUCCAGAGAAUACGGAAAGAUUCAAAUCUGCUGCUCAAGCUAACAUAUUAUUCAACUUCGUCGAGAUGCUCUCUUCUUCACUAACUGAUGAAGGCAUUGCGAUAGCAGACUACCAGGUUGAGAGGAAACUUGUGUCAUCCAUGAUUAAAGUAUUUCUAAUCGACGUAGAAAUCAAGAAGGACUCAAUGUUUUACGGCUUGAAUAGACCCAUAGGAAAUAAUUGUGACUUCGACAUGAUAUGUCAGAUGAUUCCCACUGAUCCCAUGCCUGUUAUAGGUCAGCCGUUCAUUUCAGUACCCUUCCCAGCACAAGGAAAGAGCCAAUGUGAAGAAGAAGUUUUCGAGAUGAAGGAAGCACAUGAGCAUCAUAUUCUAAGCUUACGACUAAGAAUAGCCGCUUUUCUUGAAACUCUUAUUAUGUCUCCUUCUGGUACGACAAUGGACACCAUCACCAGUAAAGAGAGUAUGAAGUCUAUGGUUCGUAUCAUUGCCUUGGAGCAGAAUCACAUAAUCCACCAGCCCCGCUCAAAGCACGUUCACAUGAGAAUCUCAAUCAUCGGAAUUUUUCUCAAGAUAUUAUACUUCAUCGCUGGCGAGAUCGAUAAUAUCAACACCAUUAUUUACCCAGAAACGCUCUACGAAUUGUUCGUGGUACUCAUGCGCAUAGCUUUUGGGUCUGGCUCUUUAACGAAAAAGGCUGCGGACUUGCUUUCUCAUAUGAGAACUCACGGGCAUGUUCACACAGAGGUUUUCAAUAAGCAUUGUGAGCAAAGAGCUCGACAGGUAGCCCACUUCAAUGUCUACGAUGAUGGUCCGAAGAAACUUGAGGAGAUGGCUGCUCUCGAGAGUGACUUUGCAAACGGACUCGAGUUUCCUUACGAACAAGAAACAAUCGAAAUCGCGAGAGAAAUCUUAAGUCUUUGCGUCAAUCACGACGAGGCCGAUAAUCUUUACUUCAACAUGAACUACGAGGAGUCCUAA